UGUCGCCAUGAUCAGCGUCUGUUCGUACUCAUACCCUCUGUUUGCAAACGCAUUGUCAGCAGAAACACCGUUUACACGCUGGUUGCAGAAUCAAGGAACAAGAACAAUAACGAUGAUCGACCGACCCCUGUUGUUAUAGUGCCCUGUGGCGCGCCACCACCCCAACGAGUAUUGCAGAAAGAGCCUCAAAUCACAACUUCGUUCGUGCUCCGUACUCGUAACCAUCUAUUCAUCCUUCUCUAUUUUGGGUGCUCUUCCGACCUUUUGAUCGACACGCAUGUGAUCUCCUGUCCGAGACUCCCGAGAAUUCCAUGUCCACCACUCAUCAGAAAACAACAACCCAUACCCACUACGACGUCCUCCAACUCCCGCGCGGUGCGGACUGGAGCCGCGUGUCUCAAGAAGACAUCAAAUCAGCAUACCGGAAUGCAUUGUUGAUCCAUCAUCCGGACAAGGCAGCACACGUAUCUCUCUCAAAGAAACAACAACACCAAAAGCCCCCCUUCCAUGAUAGUUCCCCUCCGGUGUAUUCGAUCGAUGAUAUUGUCAUUGCGUACGAAGUCCUAGCAGAUCCCAGAAAGCGAAGGAUUUAUAAUGAAACACUUGACAAAAAGGAGGGUUCUGUGACGAACGAAAAGGAUACACAUAUCGGUGUCGAAGUCUUUGACCUCGAAGACUUGCAACAUGACGGGCACAAAAAUAUCUGGUCCAAGAGUUGUCGGUGUGGUGAUGAACAAGGUUAUGUUUUGACCGAGACCGAUCUUGACAAUGAGAGUCAGCAUGGAGAGAUCUAUGUUGGCUGUCAAGGGUGCAGUCUAUUCAUCAAGGUCUUGUUCGCUCUUGAAGAGGGAUGAUUACCUGCCUAGAGUCCAUAAGUUGUGUCAUAUUCAUGUGUCUCGACCUGUGAUCAACGACGACAUCAUCCAGUAAGGUCUUGCAAGGUAUUUGGAAUAGCAUCUCAUGAUGAAUUCUUCGGAGGAGCGGCGUCCUCCAAUUUGAUCAAUGAGGUGAUUGCCUCGUUGACAUCUUCAUGCCUUCCUUGGAGCACCGCUUCAAAUUCCUCCUUUAGCCCAAGGUACGCAUCGGCUAGUUCUUGGGUCUCUUUGAUGAUCUGGGUCUCCAAUUCAGACUUGCGACGUGACAAAGUAAGCAGUCUCGUCAAGAAGUCAUCUUGGAUAUGGUCGCUGGGAAGAGCAGGAUGUGUCAGCACUGACGAAUCCGUGUCGCAACAAGGGAAGGAUGAUGGGUAGAGAGAGAUGCCUCGCUUCCCUUUUCACAGUAAAAAGGGUGAAUCUGGGAAAAGUGACACUGGGCAGUUAACAAGAGAGGUAGCAGCAGCACUUACACCUCUCUUUUUCUUCUUUCACUCCUCUCCUCGAUCUUUUCCUGCACGACACAAACCUGAUUCUCAAAGUCGGUUUCGAGAUGACGUUGUCUCUGUUCUUUCCUCAGGCCGGUCUAAUCACACAAGUUCCACGCAAAUUGUCAGUUUUCGACUUAUCUUUGAUAGUCCCAGACACUUCCGGCGAAUAACUCACAUCAACGACCAUGCUCAUCUUAAGGCUCUCUUCGAGGUCUCGCAAAUCAUUUGCAUUACUCUCGGUCCCACUCUCGGCGUCGCCAUCGUUGAGGUCCAUAUCACCUUCCAUCAUCGACACAUCGUUCGCACCAUAAUCAUCAUCGGCUCCAGCAGCAGCAACCUCAUUCCGGCAUCGACGAGAAGACGACUUUGAUUGUGCGGCAAUGCUUUUACGAGAGGGCCGUUUCGGUGGCAUGAUGAAACAAUACGAAUAGAUGAACUAGAACUUUUCCUAGGUAGGCCGUGAUGGUGAGGUCGGUUGUAUGAGGAGAUGAGAAGUUCAGUGGUUGAAACGUACUUCUGCGUUCCUAAAAAGGCCACAAGGACUGAUCUGAGGAAGGGACAAAUUCGGUCCUCGCUAUUAGGUGAGCUGAGGUCAUUUGCCUCUUCCAAGCACCGAUCGUGGACUGUAGACCUGCUUCAAUUAUCAUAAUGGUUGCUACCUGAUCCUUCCCACCCGAUAAAAUACUAUACAAAUAAUACACACCCUGUCC